AUGGCCAGUGCGACGCCGGUAACUACCUUCCUCCUCCUAAUUUGCCUGGCGACGGUGGCACACGCCACUCUUCCUUCCCGGCAGAUUCGGUUUGAGGACAUCUACCACAGCCAUCCCAAUGCUAGCUACGAUUGGCUUCUGGAAUUGCCCUCCUUGGGCCCCGAGUUCUAUCGCCUUUUUCGGAACAUUUCCGCCUCUGAUCUUCACCUCCUCGAUGGACGGCUCGGCCAACAGGAUCUGGUGUGCCUGGCGGAUAUCACACAGUUCAUGAGAAGCCUGACAUCGCCCAAGUUGUGGGCCCUUGCCAUGUUGGACUCGUGGGGCAACAAGCCCUCGGGCUACUUGAGCGGCAACCGCGUCGAUAUGGGCAACUACGAUGAGUGCCUCCGCGUGGACGGAACCGUCAGCGAAACACACCAUCAAGGGAAAUACUGCUUCAUAGAUUUUCCUAUCGCCAAGUGGCUGGGCUUCAACGCAGACAUCCUGUCGGCAACCAAUAUAAGAACCGCCAUGUGCCUGCCUUCCUCCUGCUCCGCCGAGACCAUGGAGGUGUUUAUGAAGCAACUUCUACAGCGUCUUCUGGGCAUCGGUGACCUCAGCAACCUCUUUUUCAUCAAUGAACAGUCCUGCAAGACCACCGAAAGUGAGCCGCUCACCAUCUUCACUAUUGCGUUACUGUCCAUCUUCUGUGCUCUAGUGACUCUGAGCACUCUCUACGACUACUUCCUGUGCUCGGACCAGGAUAAGCUUCCCCGGUUGGUGAAGGUGUUCUCCGCUCGUGCCACGUCCCGCGAUCUGUUCACCAUCGUGGAUGCCAAGUCAACUCCCAAUGUGAUCCAGUGCCUCAAUGGCAUGCGCUGCAUGUCCCUGAUCUGGGUGCUACUGGGUCACGAGUACAUCAUGUAUCUGAAGGCGCUGUCCGUUAACCAGCAAUACUGCUUGCGUUGGAUGGGGAAGCCCUUUAGCAGUUUUAUUCUUUUUGCCCCCUUUUCGGUGGACACGUUCUUCUUCAUAAGUGGCCUGCUGCUCGUCUUUAUUGGUCUCCGCGCCCUGGAAAAAAACAAGGGGAGACUGAAUGUGCCUCUAAUGUACCUGCACCGCUACCUGCGCCUCACUCCGAUCGUGGCCCUGGCCAUCCUCGUCUAUAUGAAGAUGCUGCCUCUGCUGGCCAACGGUCCAGUGUCCAACGACGUCGGCUUCUAUGACUACUCUGGGUGCAAAAAAUCCUGGUUCUGGACACUGCUCUAUGUGCAGAACUAUGCCACCAAUAAUACGUGCCUUGGACACACCUGGUAUCUGGCCGUGGACAUGCAACUAUACCUACUGUCACCCAUCGUGCUGAUCGGGCUCUACAAGUGGGGCAAGAAGGGUGCCGCAGCGGUCCUGGUGGUCAUGCUUCUGCUCUCCGCCUGCCUCUUUGCCACCAUCAUGAUCAAUGACUACGGUAUCCUUGCCAAAGAUGGCGGCCAGGAUUUUGAGGUGCAGAAAAAGUUAUACGCUGCCACACACAACCAUGCGGCUCCCUGGUUGGUGGGUACUCUGUUUGGCUACUUCAUGUACGUAGUCCGUGGCAAGCAUUUCCGCCUCAACCGUCUGGCGGUGUGGACCGGAUGGCUACUCUGUCUGGCCAUGAUGUUCACCUCGCUCUUUGCCAUGUUUCCGUAUGCGAAGCUGUUGGGUCCAUCGCCCACGGUGUUGGAGGGAGCUCUGUUCUACACUUUGACCAGAAUAGGCUGGCCUCUGGCCUUGUGCUGGGUGGUCUUCGCCUGCGUCCAGGGAUACGGCGGCCUCGCCAACAGUUUCCUUUCUUCGCCUCUGUGGCAGCCUGUGUCCAGGCUGUCCUACUCCGCCUAUGUUUGGCACAUUUUUAUUCAAGAAGUAAACCACAGGCGCGUGCGAUCGAAUAUUUACUUCUCGGACUACGAUGUGAUGUGCUCCUUCUGGGCCACCUUUGGCUUCACCCUCUUGAUGUCCUAUGUGUUGUACGUCAUUUUCGAGGCGCCACUGGGAGGCCUGGAGGGGCUUCUCCUGCCCAGCCGAAGGAGCCGUGCGAAGCAGCCACCUUCCCCAACUCAGGCCAAGACAGAGGAGUCACCCGAGGAGCAGAAGGAGUCAAAGCUCCCAGAAUUCCCCGAGACUGAUGAAGCGAAGACAGCAGUCGUAACCUAA